CUGAUGUAAUCGCACGUGAUUCAAAUCCAUAUAGUUUUUGAAAAAAAUAAAAAGGUACGUUACUUUAUUGACAGACCUCGUAUGUAUCACUGUAGCAAAUUUCCAAUUUGGUGAUUUGUACGGUAACGGUACCCAUCGACAUGAAGACAGUAAUGGCUACAACAAUCUGACAUGUGACCCCAGUGACCUUGACUUUCGACCAUAUGAGUGACCAUAGGGUGAGUUCUGGAAUCCACCUGCAUGUCUUCUAUAGUUGAUGACUUACACUGCGGUGCGACUUGUAUAUGUUUUGAAACUUUUAAGAGGCAUUUUUUCACAGGUGCAGCUUAUAAUCCAAAAAAUAUGGCAAAUUAGAAGUAAGUAAGUGCUAUAUGCAGGGGAAUCCACAUUUGGAUGUAUUUUAAUGUGUGUUCUGUAUGAUACAUAUUUGUUCAUAGUUAGAAUUAAUGGAGUCACACUUUUCAUUAAUUAUUCUUGCUAUACCAUCAAUGUGUAGCCUGUUUGGUCCAGGUGCUGGGAGGAUCUAUGACUAUCCUAAAACACUUUUAUUAUUGGCAUGAAAGCGAUGUUUCUCACUUCUUUCCACAUGUCAACAAAGGUAUUUUUGUGGCCAGCAGAUCAGUUGUGACACACACUUACAAUAUAGUCAGUUUGUGGUCAUUGCAGACAGGGAGAGAUUUACUUUUCACACAAGUGUGAUGCCUAUUGUCACACCUUUAGGAGGUGUGGCCAAAUACCAGGAUUUACCUAUAAAGCAGGUGGGAUAUGGUAGUUACUGUUACUUGAAUACAGUCUCAGGAACGAACAAGUGCCACAAUGCUGACUUUCAUCCAGCUGAUAUUCUUACCUUUUUGGACGAGCAUUAGCCUGACUGAUGCGGAGAAACUUUUCCACAAUCGGGAUCAUUCAGACGUGCAGAUCCCAGCUACACACCAAGCUGAAUUUAUAACGGACAAGUACGGGGCAGAGGUAUUUCUUUCUAGGUAUGGUUUCAUCAAGCCUGUGAAGUGGGAGGAGAUCCAGUCUGAAGGCUCAGACUCUUCAUUCAGUGACGACUUCCUGGAGGACAUUCAUGUCAGGAUCCAGGAGGGGUUCUCGGGGCCUCAGUCAAGAGAAGCUCUUGGAGAUAGUGAUGGAGAUGACCACCGCAGUCCAACAGAGAAGCCGGCAUUUGUUUCAGCGCUCAAAGAGUUCCAGAAGGUUUCGGGUCUGCCGGUCACAGGUGUGUUUGAUGACGCCACCAAAGUGGCGAUGAACAAACCCAGGUGUGGAGUACCUGACAGCGAGAUAAACCUGAGCCUGCCUGCAGCACAUGAGGAUGUCUUAUCAAAGAGUCGAGCCUCAGAUAUCAAAAUCAUUGGCAAUGUCACUUUUAAUGGAACUGCUACUAAUGUAAGCAAUGAUGCUUCUCUUGGUUCUGGUAACACAACAGAAGAUCAUCACUUCUAUUUUAAUGAUACACAAAGUGUUCUCCAAGACAAUUCCAGUGAUGCCAGCAUGAAUUACUUGGGCAGUUUUGGUAACAUUUUAAAUGAAACCUCUCUGAACAGCUCAGAUGAUACCAGCAUGUACCCCAAAAUAGUCCAUGUCAGCAAAAAUAUGACUCAGAGCAAAGCGCCGCUCCGUCGGAAACGUCAUCUCGCUGCUCUUGUAUCUAAAAACAGGCAGAGGAGGGAUUUGAGUGAAAGAGGUCACAUGGCUUUUUCUAAGAACGUGCUCAAAUGGAGACUGAUGGGAGAAGGGUACAGCAGUCAGUUAUCUAUCGAAGACCAGAGGUACGUCUUCAGGCUGGCCUUCAGGAUGUGGAGUGAGGUGUGCCCGCUCGAGUUCGUGGAGGACACUCGGUCACCACUGGAGGAUGUUGACAUCAAGCUUGGCUUUGGCACAGGAAUACAUCUAGGCUGUAAUCAGAGGUUUGAUGGUACCGGUCGUGAAUUUGCCCAUGCCUGGUUUCUUGGAGACAUACACUUUGAUGAUGAUGAGCAUUUCACAGGUCCAAACACUGGCAGCGGAAUUAGCCUUCUCAAAGUGGCGGUUCAUGAGAUAGGUCAUGUCUUGGGUCUACCCCACAUCUACAGACCUGGUUCUAUAAUGCAGCCCAGCUAUCUGCCCCAGGAGUCUAACUUUGAGAUGGACUGGAUGGACAGGAAGGCCAUACAGUAUCUCUACGGGGGCUGCAAGGGCCGAUUCAACACGGUGUUCGAUUGGAUCAGAAAGGAGAGGACACCCAAUGGGGGGAUGGUCAUCCGCUUCAACACCUACUUCAUGAGAGACGGCUGGUACUGGCUGUAUGAGAACAGAAACAACCGAACGCGCUAUGGAGAUCCGGUCGCGCUGCAGAUCGGCUGGCGUGGGAUUCCCAUGGACGGCGUGGACGCAUAUGUGCACGUGUGGUCCAGAAAAAGAGAUGCAGUCUACUUCUUCAAAGGCACUCAGUUCUGGAGGUAUGACGGCGACAAUGACCAGGUGUUCAGUCAGGACCCAGAAGGUUACCCCUAUCCCAGGUUAAUCUCUCAGGGUUUCCCGGGAGUGCCCAGUCCUAUCGACACCGCCCUGUAUGACAGGAGAGAUGCCCACAUCUACUUCUUUAAAAACAGCCUCGUGUAUGCAUUCAACGUGGAAGCCAACAGCUUGGCAAGCAGCUUCCCCAGAAACAUCAGAGAUGUUUUCCCUCCAGUGGUGAGCGGAGACCAUCCAGAUGGCAAUAUUGACGCGGCCUACUUCUCCUAUACCCACAAUGCCAUCUUUCUGCUGAAGGGCACAUGCUUCUGGCAGGUGGUGGGCAGCCGGGAUCGCUGGCGCCAGCCCUUCCUUCCGAGGAAUGGCCUGCUGCCACACAAGGAGGUGGACCAGAACUGGUUUGACAUCUGUAACGUUCAUCCUACUGCACUCAAACUAAACCGCUGAGAGCACUGAAGGAGGGCUUUUAUUCAAGCCUUUGGAAGAAGAGUGAUGUAGUACUGAUUAUUGUACAUGCAUUCCAAACUAUUACUGUGUAAUUAAUGACAUGACAUUUUGGUUUAGUUUAGAGACAGAUGCAUCAUUCUGUGUUAAUAUGUCCGUCUCUGUUUUCAUGUUUGUAUUGGCAUAACAGAAAAUUACAUUUGUUUGUAAUUAAGAUGAUAAGAAUCAGAAAGUAUACUGGUUUGGUACUGUACCCUGUACUCUGAGUUAUUUGUGACAACACACUGAAUUAUGAUAUAUUUCCCAUAUUCAUCCUUGAAAUAAUCUUGUGAAAAGCCUUCAGACACCCCUAAAAGAAAUAAUACCAUUUCUUAACCUUAGUUCCAUGUCUCAGCUGCCUGUAGUAGGUCAAUGUAAGUAGCUAGCUUGUUUAUUUCACUUUACCUUCUUACCUUCUGUUCUGGUCUAUGGAUGAAUACUAACAUUAGCUAGUUUUUAACUUUUGCUCUACAUUACAGUUUAACUAAUAUUAGCUAGCUAAACCUAACUUUAGCCUUGCCUAAUAUUAGCUAGUAUUAAAUAAGGACCCUGAUUAUCACUGUACAAUUUCCACUGUUUGUAAUACUUUAGAAGAUAAACGCUUUAGGUAAACGUCAUGCCACAAAUGUAAAUGUGCUAAACACUGUCGCGUGAGCCACAAUGAAAUGGUCAUGAAUUUUGCAAAUAGGGUGAUUUUUCAUUUUGUCGUAUGUCCAAUGUAAAAUACAGUAAUAUAGGGAUAUUGGUUCAAAAUUCCAUGAGUUAUCUUCAGCAGAUAAAAAUGUUAGACUUUUAACUAUAAUAGCUGUGUUGGCAUUUUCUGGAGUUACAGACUCUAUGUAGCACAAAUGACUGACCAUACAGAUUUGGAAGAAAACAGGCACAUAUCAUCAUAAUGUAUGAUAGCCUCUUACAUGCCAAGGUGUUGUUUAGACAAAUACCAUGAUUUGAGAGAAUAUUUGGAUAUUCAUAUGAUCAGUUACAUUCCGUUAUGGACUGUACAUUUUUCAUUAUUUUGUUAAGGUGUCCAUAUUAAUUUUAUUCUAAGCAGAAACAUACUCAGAAUACAAGAAUAUACAUGUUAUUUUAAAAACAGAAGUUAAUAUAGGUAUAAUAUACUCUACCUCCGUAAAUCAUCGGACAAAACACAGUGGAUGUUUGAUGGCUGUUUUACAGCGCACAAAUCCUCAGACAAUUCAGAUUACCAUGCGGUAUCUUAUGUUUCAAAGCAAAUCAUUAUAUUGAUGUCGUGAAGUCAUGUCAUCAGUUGUUUGCAAAUUCGUAAACGCUGGAAAAAACUGUUCAGUUUUACUUUAAUUUAUAUUUUGUUUAAAAGAAAAAUGUUGUUCUUUCAAGGUAAUAAUUGAAUGCAUGGAUCAAGUAGGCAGUUGUUCGUGUUAUAAACAAGAAAAAAAAAUACAGGUACUAAUG